AUGGAUAGGUUGGAAAGGAUUCUUUCGUUAUUUAUUAAGUUAAUAGGACCUACAUUUGUUGUUAUAGCGAUAUUUUUAAUAUCUGGUAUAACAUUUGUGCAUUUUACAGUUUUAUUACCUUUAUUAAUCAAACCAACAUCACUAACACCAAAUAACCAUGAAAAUUUUAGUUCAACUUCAAUAGAUUCAACAAAUAGUAAUAAUAGUUCUUUUCUAUUUUCAUUUUUAUACAGUUUAUUUCAUUAUUCAAUAUCAUUCUUUUUAUUAUUCAAUAUAUUUUUCAAUUAUAUAAUGGCAAUAGUUACUUCACCUGGUCAUCCUCCAAGAUUAGCAGAUUAUACCCCAGAAAAAAUUGAAGAGUUUAAUCAAAUUAAAACUAUUAAAAGAUCUGAAACUAAAAAAUUUUGUAUAUAUUGUAGAUUACCAAAAGAAGAAAGAAGUCAUCAUUGUUCAAUUUGUAAUAAUUGUGUUUCAAAAAUGGAUCACCAUUGCCCAUGGCUAAAUAACUGUGUUGGUCAAAAUAAUCAUAGGUUUUUUAUGUUGUUUUUAUUUUAUUUAUGGGUUUCAUGCAUUUAUGUAUGUGUUUUAUCAUUUCCACAUGUAUUUGGAGGUGGGUACAUACCAUUUUCAAUUUUAAUGUCAUUUGUAAUAACUUUGACAAUUAGUGUGGCUCUAGGUGGUUUAAUGUUUUGGCAACUUUAUUUAGUUUUAACAAAUCAAACUACAAUUGAAUUUUUACAUAACAGAGCUCAACAAAGGAAAGCAAAAGCAAGAGGUGAAACCUAUACAAACCCUUAUGAUUUAGGCUUCGAAAAUAACUUUAAAGAGUUUUUUAAAAUCAAUACAUUUAGCAGUUGGCUUACAUUUUUCUUACCUACUUUCAAAAUAAAUGGCCAAGGAAACAGUAAAAAAUACGAACCAUUAUUAGAAAUUGUUUAA